UUUUCUCAUUUUAUUAUCUUUCUCCCCCCAUCCAUCCCCCUUUGUUUGAGAGAGAGUUUGUGUGUUUUGGUUGUUUGGACUGUCGGCUUUGAUUUUAUGUUCUCCUUAAUCCUUUGCUGUUCUUGUCGGAGAUUGUAAGCUUGAAGAUGCAACCAACACAAAGUUUAAAUUUGGGCACUUGAACACAAAGAAAAUAUGUUGUUAUCAGUUGGCUAUAAGCAAAGCGAUGGCUAAACUUACUGAUCAUCUUUCAGAUACAUUAUGAGGAUCACAGAGCAAUGGGAAGUGGUGUUUUCCCCUGGAAAUGAAGGAGAGACAGCGGUGGAGAGCUGAAGAAGACGCUUUGUUGUGUGCAUACGUAAAACAAUAUGGUCCGAGGGAGUGGAACCUUGUGUCACACCGCAUGAACACACCCCUGAACAGGGAUGCAAAAUCUUGCUUAGAGAGGUGGAAUAACUAUCUCAAACCUGGUAUCAAGAAGGGAUCCCUUACGGAAGAAGAGCAACGUCUUGUAAUCCGUCUUCAAGCUAAACACGGCAACAAAUGGAAGAAAAUUGCAGCUGAAGUCCCUGGUAGAACAGCUAAAAGACUGGGCAAGUGGUGGGAGGUAUUCAAGGAGAAGCAACAAAGGGAACAUAAAGAGAAGCAUAAGACGGUUGAGCCAGUCGAGGAAGGCAAGUACGAUAGGAUAUUAGAAACUUUUGCUGAAAAACUAGUAAAACAGGGCCAUAGCUCAGCCUUUCCCAUGGCUGCUUCUAACGGGGGUUUUCUUCAUACUGACCCACCUUCACCUGCACCACCAACUUUACUUCCACCUUGGCUUUCUAAUUCCAGCAAUGCGUCCGUUGUCACACCACCUUCCCCUUCUGUGACUUUAAGCUUAUCUCCCUCAACGGUGGCAGCUGCUCCCCCAAUCCCAUGGCUGCAACCUGAGAGGAUGUCCGAAACUAGCCCUGUUUUGGGAAACAUGGUGCCCCAUGGAUCAUUUCCUCGUAGUGAGAACCUGCUGAUAUCUGAAUUGAUGGACUGCUGCAGGCAGCUGGAAGAUGGGCGCCGCGCUUGGGUUGCACAUAGAAAGGAAGCGGCCUGGAGGUUAAGAAGGGUAGAGUUACAACUCGAAUCAGAAAAGGCUUCCCGUAAAAGGAAGAAGAUGGAAGAAAUAGAGUCAAAGAUCGAGGCUCUAAGGGAAGAGCAGAAGAGUACACUUGAUAGAAUCGAAGCUGAAUAUAGGGAACAACUGGAGGGGCUAAGAAGAGAUGCGGAAGCGAAGGAGCAAAAAUUAGCGGAGCAAUGGGCUGCAAAGCAUUUGCAUCUGACCAAGUUUCUUGAACAAACGGGGUGCAGACCCAGGGUUGUGGAGCCUAAUGGGCAGUGAGCAAAGAUGAUUUAUCAAGCGUCUCCUUUCAACAGACUCUGCAUUGUUUUUGAUGAUAUUCUCUACUAUAGAAGUCUAUUUAUAGUUGGUUUUUCUAGGAUGGGACACUCUGAAUGGGAAAGGUAGCAUUAGCUCUAUCUUUUGUGUUCACCUCUUAAAAAGUAUAUUAAAUUUAGAUUCCUAUUUCUGGAUAUUAAGGAGUCUGAUUUGGCAUGUGAAAGCAGAUGCCUGAUUUGGUAUGUGAAUUUGAAGUUGUUGGUGAAUUGAUUUCUCCAUAUCUAUAUAACCAUAAAACUAAACUGAUCAAUAGGUUGAUUUGAGUGCUAAA